AUGUGUUCAUAUCAACCAGUCUACUCGACCUGGGCCUGCGGUCAUUCUACUUUUCUUUACAACAAAAAACUUACAUCAUGCUCUGCAGCGGGUACUAACAGAUGCGCCGCCUUCUAUUAUGCCAACUCCUACGUGAGCCAGACCCAGCGCUGCUCCAACUGCACUUGA